ACGAGACGCGAGCUUCGUGGCGAGCGAUUCGAUUCUCGUCCAAACAUCACCUCUUCACCUUCCAUACCUCAUCGGAAUCGCCCAACAGCCACAUCUUGACCUCAAUUGCGCCGUCGACCACUGCUCGCUCGGGUUUAGGUCCAAUCCGAGUCACGCAAGUCCUCAACGCACCUUCCCUGACCAAAUUUGAGCAGCUCAGCUGAUCGUAUACCCGACAUCCCACCCUUCGCUUGAUCUUUCACGACACUCGUAUCGGUUCCUUGGCCUCAGGAUCACCAGCGUCCACAUUCGAAAAUAGCAUUCAAACAAGUGCACCUCUUCAAUUCAGUCUGGGAACGGCAAAGCUCCGCUGACCACGUCGCGGUGAAUCGGGCAUCCGCCACCAUCACACUCUUACUGGCUACUGCGCCGUGUACGACCUACACCAUCACUACUGAAGAUGGGUCUCUCUUUUGGGAACUAUGAUGAGAUCUGUGAUACGGUAGCAUUGAUCGUGUGUCCCUUGUUGGGCAGCGAGUUGGGAUUGGAGCCGAAAUGCUACUCGAGGAAUGUCGAGAUCAACAACACCAUCAUUUUCCAACCGGCAACAUGUUUUGUGCACAUCGCUGCGCUCAUCAUGACAGCGAUCAUGAUUUACCACGUCCGCAGCAAGUACACUGCCGUCGGGAGGAAGGAGAUUGUUCUCUUCUUCUAUCUAUAUGCGGUGGCAGAAAUCCUUGCCAUCUUUCUGGACUCGGCCAUCAUUCCCACCUACAGCACCGCAUAUGCAGUGUUUGCGGCCAUCUACGUGGGACUAGGCACUGCAAUCUAUUGGUGCCUGCUCAUCAACGGCUUUGUUGGCUUCCAAUUUGCAGAGGACGGCACUCCCAAAUCCCUGUGGUUCUUGCGGAUAUCCUGCGUGGUCUUGUGGCUGAUCGGCUUUUUGGUCGCGCUUGCCACCUUCAAGUCCGUAGGCGGCUUGUCACCCACAAAGACAGUCGGCCUCUGGGUCGUCCAGCUGCUUUUCCCGGUCGUCUGCGUGGCGAUCUACGUGAUCUCGCAAAUCAUCUUGGUCCUGCGAACACUCGACGACAGGUGGCCGCUAGGAGACAUUACAUUCGGUACACUGGCCUUCGUUGCCGCUUGCGUGCUCAUGUUCGGAUUCUCCGCGACGAUCUGCGACAAAGUCAAGCACUACAUUGACGGGACCUUUUUUGGUACGCUUUGCUUGCUAUUUGCAGUCAUGAUGACGUACAAGUAUUGGGACUCCAUCACGAAGGAGGAUCUCGAGUUCUCCGUUGGCAGUAAGCAAAGCGUGUGGGAAGUCAAGGACCCGUUGAUUGGGGCUGGAGACGUCGACGUCAUGGGUCCUGCCUCCAUCAACACCCACGAGAGCCCGUUCAGCGGUGGUCAUUCGUCGAACCGGAACAACAGCCCUGGCAGAUUAGCACCUGGCUUUGGAUCGAAGGGAUCCGGCUACCCUCCUGCCGGACAGUAUGGAGGCAGUACGUACUAGGACUUUUGUGCGCUGCAUUCGACAACAAGGACUUUUUCGAUCAAGUGCUGCCUUGCGCUCAGUACCGGCUCGUGUUACGCAUCUCAGCAUGUACAUCCCAUCGCAUUCUUGACUGCCUCCCUGCUUCUCAUCUGCCCAGGCAUCGCUCCGGGAUUGCUGCAUCACCCUUGCGGUUCCUGAGCGUUGCAUGCGCGUCCUCGACGUUCACGCAUCUCUUCAUACACACACACACAACCCACCUCCCUCUCUUGCCUCCGGCCCGCCCCUUUCUCGAGGCGUUUGUUUCUUUGUCCCGCGUAAUCUGAUAGCAUUGCACUGGA